AUGUCUGAGAAAAAUGAGCAGGUACUUCAGGAUAUCAGGGGCAAGAUUGAGCGUGAGCACAAACUUGUCCAGGGAUUCCAAACGUUGAAGCGUAACACUAGUAACGCUGAGGUAAUUCAGAGGUGUAACACGCAGAUCAGGGAAACUCAGUCUAACAUUGACUACCUUCAAGAAACUUUAUCGAAGUUGACUUUCCAGCAGCAACAAGAUCAAAAUGGUCGUGAUAACGCUGGAACAAACCAGAACCUAUCGUCUCCUGACGAACAUUCCCAGCCUCGUUCAGGCUCCAGGCCAGUGUACUCAAGAUUGGACCUUAUCAAGUACGAUUGUCCUUCUUUGGGCCACAGAAUUCAAUACAUGCUUCAACAGUUAGAAUUCAAGGUACAGGUAGAAAAUCAAUACCGCAAAGCUAACGAGAAAAUCUCUCAGCUUUAUUUGCAAGAUGGUGACAAAUCAUCGUCUGUGGCCGCAGAAGGCGGGCGGUUGGAAAGUGAUCAAAGAAUCCAAUUAUUGAAUAAAUCGUUGAAGAAGUAUCAGGGAAUGCACAUUGAUGUUGAAGAAGUCACCAAGGAUAUGGAAAUCAUGAACACUCCUAAAUAUGCGCGUAAGGCGUUGACGGGUAAAUUGAAUAUUAGCAUCACUUGUAUUAGGGAUAUUAACCACAUUGCUAGUCCUAUGUUACUGAAAAAGCCAGAAUCUGUGGUAUCUAUCAAAGUUGACGAUGUCGAGAAGGCAAGAACAAAGGGCUCUAGAACUGGGAAAUGGAAUGAAGAGUUCACCUUUGAUAUAGACAAGGGAAACGAAAUCGAAUUGACUGUCUAUGAUAAAUCUGGGAAUAUAUUGAUACCUGUCGCGGUAACUUGGGCAUUGCUUAGUGAUAUUGCUGAAGAGAUUAGAAAGAAGAAGGUUGCUUUGGAUAUGGGAAAUGCUGGCUGGAUCUCUGCAUCCAACUUGAGCAAUUUAAGUCCUCAGCAGCAGCAGCAAGCUUUACAACAGCAGCAGCAGCAACAAAACCAAUUACAGCCACCCGAUGUUGGAUUUGGAGGUAUUCCAGCUGUUCCAAGGACUCCAGAUCUUGAAAACAAUUCCGGCCCUGACUCUUCGGGAACUGAAAGUUAUUCAGCAAAACAAAUACAGGUCACCUCAUGGUUAAUAUUGGAACCCGUUGGUCAGAUUUUAGUCAGUAUGAACUUUGAGAAAUCUACACAAACAGGUAAUAAGAACUUUAUGGGUGCUUUGGGACGUCAUGGUGCUAUUCGUCAAAAGAAAGAAGAAGUCUAUGAACAAUUGGGCCAUCAGUUUGUCCAAAAGCAAUUCUACAAUAUUAUGUGCUGUGCAUUGUGUGGCGAAUUUUUAAGAUACACUGGGUAUCAAUGUCAAGAUUGUAAAUUCUUAUGCCACAAGAAAUGCUAUCAGAAGGUUGUCACGAAAUGUAUUUCCAAAUCGAAUAACGAUAUUGACCCUGAUGAAGCGAAGUUGAAUCACCGCAUCCCACAUAGAUUCGAACCUGUAUUGAAUAGAGGUACAAAAUGGUGUUGCCAUUGUGGUUACAUCCUACCAUGGGGACGUAAGAACGUUAGAAAAUGUACAGAAUGUGGAGUUAUGUGUCAUGCCCAUUGUACACAUCUUGUACCAGACUUCUGUGGUAUGACUAUGUUAAUGGCUAAUAAGAUCCUAACGGCAAUCAAAACGACUAAGCCUAAGCCCAAGGCACCACAACAAGUUCAGUACAACCAACAGCAGCAACCAACACCGGUUCAUCAGCCUAACUUACAUCAAAGAAAUCACUCAAUUCAACAAGGUUCAGAGUCAUUGUCUUCCUUACCGAGUAAGAAGGCCGAUAGUUUUGUCACAAAUACCAAUGGUGCUGAGAAUUCAACUGAUGAAGAAGACGAACAGUUUACUUCAAGACUUCCAACUCAGACUCCUAAUCAAUUCCAACCACCAAUUGAAUCGCCGUAUAAAAAUGCUGGUAGAAGGAUUCAAACACCCAGACAACAGGAGCAAGGUCAUGACCAUGCAAUGCAACAGCUGCAGCGUUACCAAGAUCAGCAGCUUCAGUAUCAACAGAGAAUGCAACAGCAGCAAGAGCAGGAACAAAUUCAGCAGCAACAUCUUCAACAACAACAAUUUCAACAACAACAGCAACAGCAACAUGAAUUAUAUCAGCAGCAGCAGCAACAGCAGCAACAGCAAGAUGACUAUGAUCAACACAAUUAUACCUUUGCUUCCACAAGAUCAGACGAAUUUGCCCACGCUUCUAUUCCAUCUCAGAAUAUUUUGGAGCCAAUCCAUGAGCCAGUUGAUGAUCAGCCAGUCGUUUCCGAGGAACAAUUGAGAAAUCAACAAGUAGAACAUGCACAAACAACACAAAGCCUUUCUAAUUCGUCACCUCGUAAACACUCUAGGCGUCGCCGUAGAAAGGUUGGUUUGGAUGAUUUCCAGUUUCUUGCUGUCUUGGGUAAAGGUAAUUUCGGAAAGGUUAUGUUGGCUGAAUCUAGACAUACUCUGAAGCUAUGUGCCAUUAAAGUAUUAAAGAAAGACUUUAUUGUAGAGAAUGAUGAAGCAGAUAGUGUUAAGUCUGAAAAGGGGGUCUUUUUGACUGCCAAUAAGGAAAUGCAUCCAUUCCUCAUUAAUUUGCACUGUUGUUUCCAAACUGAAAACAGAAUUUACUUUGUAAUGGAGUAUAUAUCUGGAGGUGAUUUAAUGUGGCAUAUUCAAAAGUCUAGAUUCUCUGCAAAGAGGGCUAAGUUCUAUGCUUGUGAAGUGCUCUUAGCAUUGAAAUAUUUCCACGACAAUGGUGUUGUUUAUCGUGAUUUGAAAUUGGAUAAUAUCUUAUUAACAGUAAAUGGUCAUAUUAAGAUUGCUGAUUACGGUUUGUGUAAAGAAAAAAUGCCAUUUGGUAGCACUACAGGAACAUUCUGUGGUACUCCUGAAUUCAUGGCACCAGAAAUCAUCGCUGGAAAACAAUAUGAAAGGAGUGUAGAUUGGUGGGCGUUUGGUGUAUUAUUAUUUCAAAUGUUACUUUGCCAAUCACCUUUCAAGGGUGAUGAUGAAGAUGAAAUUUUCAAUGCUAUUGAGCAUGAUGAUGUGAGAUAUCCAAUUAGUAUGCCAAGGCAGACUGUUUUGGUCUUGCAGGCGUUAUUGACAAAAGAUCCAACACAACGUUUGGGUUACGGAGAAAGGGAUGCAUUAGAUAUCAUGGAACAUUCCUAUUUCAGCGACGUUGAUUUUGAUGAAGUGUUGAAUUGUCAAAUUCAAGCACCAUAUUUACCUGAAAUAACCUCUGAACAUGAUUACUCUAAUUUUGACAAUGAAUUCACUUCCGAAACUCCAAGGUUGACGCCUGUUGAAACAGUUCUUACAUCUGAAAUGCAAGAGCAAUUCCGUGGAUUUUCAUAUAUUUCUAAUGACGCUGCUAUAUAA